AUGAGCCCACCUUUUUCCAUUUCAGCUUCUUAUGGAUCCAUGAUUCUGUCAACCACCUCCACAGACUUGUCUUACUUAGCGGCUCUCUUGAUCCUAAUCUCCAAUAUUAGAAGAAAACGAUCUUGUGCUGGAUUUUCCGCUAAAUCACACAUUCUACUAUUGAUAACAUUUAUCAUUCGUUUUGCCGAUCGCUUUUAUCCAUUUUGUCCAUUGGAUUUACUGAUCGAACUUGCACUGAUAUUUUUGCACUUUCGUGUCCUUUAUUUGGCCUACUUCAAGUUCAGUAGGACAUAUUAUUCGGAAAUGGACUCGGCGAAUGUUUAUCUUCUCGCGCUUCUUUGCACUUGGCUACUCUUCUUUACACAAUACACUUUCGAUAUCAAAGAAGCUCUCUCCCCAUUCUCAGCGUUUCUGGAAUCAGUUUCCAUCGUGCCUCAGUCAGUUGUGAUGACGCAGGUCAAGGACAGGGGUAUCAUCACCUCGCCUUACCUGUGUGCUCUCGGUCUACAUCGUCUUUGCUCUCUCAUUGUCCUCGUUUACCAAUAUACUUUCUACGAAUACUUAAAUCACAUUGGAAUAGCAGCUUGGGUCGUUGAAACCCUACUCUACGGGGAUUAUGUUUUCUUAUUUUGCAAAUUUGUGCCACCCGCUAGUGACGGACGGUAUUCCAUACGGAGAUUUGAAGUGACACACCUUCGCUCCUAAAUUGAAAUCCCGACAACGCUCUGUGGCCUUCCUGGGCAUUGUUUUCCCGGUCGCGUUCCGUGCAGCCAGACUGCAUACGUCUUUUGUUAGUUUGAAGUUAUCCCCAUGGGUUCUGUUCAUGCAGCUCCCAAUUGAACCUCUUUAUGAGGGAGGUUGCUUGCUUUUAUCCCAAAACAGUUCUCCCUGUGUGCUUAGCAGUCAGAGGCGUUGGAGUACGAGGAACCCCCGGGGAUCUCACGUCGCCCUGUCCCGGGUGACUGCCUGCUGUUCUUCUCCUUGCAUUUAGUUCCGUGAACGACAGUCCAAGCAAUCUCACUGCCCCGUCCAUCUCAUCCCAUAUCGGCGCAUUGACAGUGACCUUCAUACUAGCGUGCACAGUUUGCCUCGCAACCCAUUUGCUGUGCUGGGUGUAAUGAGACUGGUGUAUCAGACGGAGCAGACACCAUCGAGACCUACGAGAUAUUCGACUAGAUGCGAACCGAACGGUCUCAGCUAUUGACCGCACCAAGUCCCGCCCAUUGGAUGACGAUUACUGACCGUUAUUUACUUGAAAUAAAGAGAGAGCACUAUUGUUGGAACUGCGUCGUCAGCACUGAUACUACUUGGACAAUUUACGUGAGUGUUGUGUUAACAAGCUCUGUCGCAUUUUUUCAUUGCUUGCUUUUUGCCAAUAAACCGUUUGUUC